GGGGGCGCGCGCUGCUGCCGGAAGCGCUGGGAGGCGGCGGCGGAGCCCGGGGCCGUCAUGGGGAGGAAUGGGAAUGAUGUGGAAGAAGAGGAAGCCAGAGUAGGGUAACGCUGCCUGCCGACGGACUGGGAAGGCAAUGGCCUCUCCUCUGGCUGCCCCCACAGUGGUUGCAGAUGUAAUUAAAGAUCUAGACACUCAGAUAGCUUUGAUUGGUUUGGGUCCCCACAACCCCAAGAAGAAGCAGGACCUUGAGAAGCUUUAUGAUCUAAAAGCUAAAGCCCAACAGAUUAUGAACCAGUUUGGCCCUUCCACCUUGAUCAACCUCUCCAACUUCUCCUCGAUCAAGCAGGAGCCCCCCAGCACCCCCCCCCAGAGCUCCAUGGCCAACAGCACCACGGUGGCCAAGAUGCCAGGGACACCCAGUGGAGGAGGACGUCUCAGCCCUGAGAGCAACCAGGUUUUAACCAAGAAGAAGCUGCAGGACCUGGUGCGUGAGGUGGAUCCCAACGAGCAGCUGGAUGAAGAUGUGGAGGAAAUGCUGCUCCAAAUCGCCGAUGACUUCAUCGAGAGCGUGGUCACCGCCGCCUGCCAGCUCGCCCGGCACCGCAAGUCCAGCACCCUGGAGGUCAAGGAUGUGCAGCUGCACCUGGAACGUCAGUGGAACAUGUGGAUCCCGGGCUUUGGUUCUGAAGAAAUCAGGCCCUACAAAAAAGCCUGCACUACAGAAGCUCACAAACAGAGGAUGGCGCUGAUCCGCAAAACCACCAAGAAAUAACCCCUGGGAGGAGGAGCCGGGAGAAGACGGCGCCGCAGGUUGGGACACGUCCCUCUCCACCCAAACCUCCACAACGUCACCACCAUCCAUGGGAUAUUUUUUUUAAUGCUUUACAGAGAAGCAUCUAUUUUUGAUGACCGGUCCAGCAAUAUCUUGACUUUCUGAGGAGAUCUGCCAAAAAAAAACCAUCCUGCCCCCUCUUCCUCAUCCUCCCCCCCCCAAGAACUCAACGUAUCUUCAAACAAAGACUUUUUAUUUGUGACUUGAACGUGGUUUAUUGUAUCAGUGAUUAUCCAAGGGACAGAUCGUGUGUGGGACAGUAUUAGAAGCAUCUGUAGAGGUUUGGUUUUUUUUUGGUUUGGUUCCUCCUUCUUGCUCCAGUACUUUGUAAUGUCAGUGUUUAUAUAAAUACUUGCAUUUGUUUUACAUGAAUAAAGAAAUUAUUAAUCUAAAAGCA